CGUAAGUCACAUGAUCAUUACUAUCAAAGAUGGCGAGUACAGGAAAAAUGGAUAUGAAUUCGCUGAACGGGCCUUUGGGCGAUAUUGCAGCCCGAAAUACCCACAAAAUGGCUAUAACAAGGGACUAUAUUUCACAACCAAGAAUAACGUAUAAAACAGUAUCGGGUGUAAAUGGUCCUUUGGUUAUAUUGGAUGACGUUAAGUUCCCCAAAUUUGCGGAGAUUGUCGAUUUGACCUUGGCUGAUGGAAGCAGAAGAAGUGGGCAGGUGUUGGAAGUCAGUGGCUCAAAGGCUGUAGUACAGGUGUUUGAGGGCACGUCAGGAAUAGAUGCCAAACACACGCUAUGCGAGUUUACAGGGGACAUUCUGAGAAUGCCGGUGUCAGAGGACAUGUUGGGUCGAGUAUUCAAUGGAUCAGGAAAACCUAUAGACAGAGGCCCUCCAGUGCUGGCGGAGGAUUACUUAGAUAUCCAAGGACAGCCCAUCAACCCCUGGUCUAGGAUCUACCCGGAGGAAAUGAUCCAGACGGGAAUCUCGGCCAUAGACACCAUGAAUAGUAUUGCCAGAGGACAGAAAAUCCCCAUCUUCUCUGCAGCUGGUCUGCCACAUAAUGAAAUUGCUGCUCAGAUUUGUCGACAGGGAGGUCUGGUCAAGCUGCCCGGGAAGAGUGUGUUGGAUGACCAUGAGGAUAACUUUGCUAUUGUGUUUGCUGCUAUGGGUGUAAACAUGGAGGCUGCUAGGUUUUUUAAACAGGACUUUGAAGAGAAUGGCUCUAUGGAGAAUGUAUGCUUGUUCUUGAAUUUGGCUAACGACCCAACAAUUGAGCGUAUCAUCACUCCCAGGAUAGCCCUAACCACAGCCGAGUUUUUAGCCUACCAGUGUGAGAAACACGUGCUGGUCAUCUUAACAGACAUGAGCUCAUACGCAGAUGCCUUGAGAGAAGUGUCAGCUGCUAGAGAGGAAGUCCCUGGUCGUCGUGGUUUCCCUGGUUACAUGUACACAGAUUUAGCGACAAUUUACGAGAGAGCUGGCCGUGUGGAGGGUCGUAAUGGGUCAAUCACACAGAUCCCCAUCUUAACGAUGCCUAACGAUGACAUUACCCAUCCUAUUCCUGAUUUAACGGGCUACAUUACAGAGGGGCAGAUCUACGUCGAUAGACAACUUCACAACAGACAGAUUUAUCCACCAAUCAAUGUACUACCAUCGUUGUCUCGACUGAUGAAGUCUGCCAUUGGUGAAGGCAUGACAAGGGAAGACCACUCUGACGUGUCUAAUCAGUUGUAUGCUUGUUAUGCCAUUGGUAAAGAUGUGCAGGCCAUGAAAGCGGUGGUGGGAGAGGAGGCCUUGACCCCGGAUGACCUGUUGUACCUAGAAUUCCUGACUAAGUUUGAGAAGAAUUUCAUCUCACAAGGUCAUUACGAAAAUAGAACAAUCUUCGAAUCUCUAGACAUUGGAUGGCAGUUACUCCGAAUCUUCCCCAAACAAAUGUUGAAGAGAAUUCCCCAAUCCACGCUAGAGAAAUACUAUCCCCGUGAUGCCCACAAGAUGAACACCGGGGCAGGACCAAGUAAAUCAGCCCCUGAACAUAGUACGCAAUUAUAGGACUUCAUAGCAUCAACUCGGAUCAUUCCAGAACUGAAGACAUUGAUCAAAUCAUGCUUUUAUCAUGUGGCAAUAUCAUGGCGUCUGAUGUCGGGUAGAUAACUAGCGCUCAUUAUGUAUAUUUUUUGUCAGGGUAUUUCUCUGUUAUUAUCUGUGCCAGUGUUGUUAAGAAUUGGGCUUGUACCAUGGAGGGAAUACUUUCAGUGAAAUGUCCUUCUAAGUACCAAGUGUUGAAGGGUGCAGUCAUCCAAUUACUAAUGGACUGAUGAAAUUUGUGUAUAAGUAAAUGAGUAUGUCAAAGUCUGGUUCAUGUCUAGUCAUGUUGAGGGCACAGGACAGUGCCAGGUUACAGCUUAUAAACACAGCUGUAGUGUGUAAUAUAUAGAGAACAUGUAGGGAAUAUGUAUCCGGGGCAACGGCUGUAUGUAUCCGGGGCAACGGCUGUAUGUAUCCGGGGCAACAGCUUAUGUAUCCGGGGCAACGGCUGUAUGUAUCCGGGGCAACGGCUGUAUGUAUCCGGGGCAAUGGCUUAUGUAUCCGGGGCAACGGGUGUAUGUAUCCGGGGCAACGGCUGUAUGUAUCUUCUGGGGGCUACUUCUGUUAUGUAGGGGGGGGGGGGGGGGGGGGGGGGGGGGGGGGCAACAUCUGUAUGUAUCCGGGUCAACUUCUGUUAUGUAUCCAUCGCAACGUCUGUUAUGUAUCCAUGGCAACAUCUGUUAUGUAUCUAGGGGCAACUUUUAAUAUGUAUCUGAGGCAACAUUUGUUCUGUAUCUGGGAGCAACUUCUGUUAAAUGUAUCCCAGGCAACUUCUGUUGCGUAUCCGGGGGGGGGUCCGUGUGCAACCUGGGCAACAUCUGUUUGCAUCUUUGGCAACCUGUAUGUAUCCUAUUUAUCAUUGUAAUGUUUGAAUUGUAUUCCUAUUUAAUAUCUAUGAAAGUUUAAUUGAUGGACUUUACAGAUUUAUGAAGUCGUAAACUUCUAGUAAAGUUAGGACAUUAGUUAAACUUGUGCAUCUAUAAUACCCUGAAAGACAUAGACCAAAUGAACAUUUACAUGACAUGAUCAAGUAUUCAGAAUAUAGCUUUGUGAUAGAAAUCUGCCAUGUUAUCCGGAAUGUAAAUAUCACCGUAGAUUUAAUGAUUCAGAAAACAGAUGAAAUUAAUGCAGUGAUGGGGCAGAUAUUCAAAUAAUGAGCAUUACGUGCUUAUUUUCUUGUCUCUGUAGAGUGUGUGAUAUAAAAUCAUUAUAGGUAAUAUAUUUGAUUUGUGAAUGAAAACAAUGAAAUAAAAGUAAUACUCAA